AUGAACCUUUGGUUAUGGUGGCUUCACUUCCUGCCAGUAGUUGGGGCUCGAAAGAAGCUCCCUGAAGUCAAUCUGGAGGGAGAGCUAGGAGGAUCCAUUACCUUCAAGUGUCCAUUGCCUGAAACAUACCCAAGGAUAUACCUGUGCCGGGAAGUAUCUGAAUCUGGAAUGUGUGCCACUGUGGUAUCCAAUAAAUAUUAUGUCAAGAAUGAAUAUAUUGGUCGAGUCACUCUGAAGCUGUGCCCAGAAGAAAAUGUCUUUCUGGUGGAGAUUACAGAGGUGACUGAGGAUGACAGUGGAGUCUAUGCCUGCGGGGCGGGCUUCAACACAGACCAGGGCAAGACCCUGAAAAUCACCCUGAGCAUCAGUGUAACCAAAGCAGCUGGGAGGACCCAGGCCCCUCCAGUCUAUCAUACACACCCUGAUCUUUCACUUAUGAACCGCCCUCUAAGUCCCAAACCUUCUUCGGUGGCAGCUGACAAGCCCCCAACACUCCUGCCAUCCACCACAGCCUCGACGACCCCAGCUCAGGAGGAGAAGGCCAGGCCCCAGCUGCCCAGCUACGACCACCAAACCAGGCUGCACAGGCACAGAGAUUUCAACUAUGGGUCUUCUGUUUAUGAAGAUCACGGAUUCCACAUCCUGAUUCCCACCUUCCUGGGCCUUAUGCUGCUGGCACUUCUAGGCUUGGUGGUGAAAAGGGCCAUUCAAAGGAGGAAAGUCCUCUCCAGGAAGGUCCGCCGCCUCGCCAUGAGGAUGCGCGCCUCGGAGGCCUCCCAGCGGCCCAGGUCUCUGCAGAGACCCCGGGUGUCACGGCAGCAGCGCUCGCAGAACAUCUACAGCGCCUGUCCGCACCGAGCUCGGGGAGCGGAGGCGCCAGGCCCCGCUCAGGACCCUGCAGUGCCCACCGGAGCACAGCCUUCUGCCCCAACGCAGGUGCUGGAAGCCCCCUGGGCCCAUGCCUCACCUCUGACGACCAGCUGUGAAUAUGAGAGCUGCCAGCCUCCUGCCAAGACAGAGGAUGCUGAUUCAGACGAUUAUGUCAAUGUUCCCCACCUGACUCACCUCCCUAGCUAUCCUCCUGAGUCUGGGCCUUUAUGCUAA